UUUAUAUUUUCGAUUCUCUCCGAGUGGUUUUGGUUUGAGAUGGCUGAAGAUUUUAACACUCCUACUAUUAGCAGACGAGAAAUAUCGCCGUCUACUUUAGGGGAUUUAAAUUUUGAUAUUGAAGAAUUAGAUGACAAAGAAUUUAAUUUGCCUGUUAUUGAUACUCCACCAACGCUUGAAAGCAUAUUAAAUGAAACUGAUGAUGUUUCUUUAAGUGAUGAAGAGCUUUCCAGCACUCUUGGCUAUUUUCAAGAGACAUGUGAAACAACUUCCAUUGACAGCAUUGAAUCUCAUACACGACGAGAACGGAAACACUCAAUUCAAAAAGAAAAGAAAAGCCCGCUUUUUAAAAAACAUGGCUCAAUUUUAAGACAUGUUACUCUUCGUGGUGUUUCAGCUCAACUUCAAUCAGCAGCAGAGCGAGUUAAUGCUGGAAAGCCAACUUCUAUGGCUGUUUCAUCAGUCAUAGCAGUUGGAACAUUUCAUGGAAUAGUACUUAUUUUUGAUCCACAGCAAGUAUUAAAAUGGUGCUUAGGAACAACAGAAUAUGGAGAAAAAUAUGGUUCAGUCUCUGCAUUGGCUUUCAAUACUGACUGCAGUCGUUUGCUUGCUGGAUAUAGUAGAGGAGAAAUCACCAUGUGGGAUCUGCAUAAAGGUAAACUAAUAAGAGUCAUUUCUGAUGCCCAUCCAAUGCAAAAUGCAGUUUUACAUAUUAAGUUUUCAGAUGACCCUACUUUAGCUUUGUGUAGUGAUAGUGGGGGAUCAGUUUUUGAAUUAAAUUUCAAACGUGUAAUGGGAACAAGAACAUGUGAAACACGAUGCAUCUUUUCUGGAAGCCGAGGUGAAGUUUGUGCUUUGGAGCCUCUGAGAAUGACUCCCCAUUUUCGAAGUCAUCCCAGCCAAGAAGUGUGUCUAGUUGCCCUGGGUACUGUUACAAAGGUUAUAGCAGUGACUGUGAGGCCAUCUUUACGAGUUUGGUUUACACAUGCUUUGCGAGCAGAUCCAGAUACCUUACCAGUUUUGAGCUGGCAGUUUGUAGUUAUUCAGGUUUCUUCAUCCACUCGAAUUAUUGAUCCAGUUUUAGCAUUUGGCCGACAAAGUACAGUAUAUUUUUUCCAGGUCAAUUUUGCUUCAGCUGAGAAGAUUAACUUCAUUCCUUUGCAGAAAAUUGAACUUCAGUAUGUGUUUCAAAAUUUUGCUUGGUUAAAUUCAAGAACACUAGUAACUCUUGAUGUACUGGAACAUCUUCAUGUUAUUGAUGUGAAGUCAAAUGAAGAAUUAGAGAUUCUGGAUUUAGCAGAUGUUCAGUUAGUCUAUGGUACAACUCAUUUUAAAGGUCUUGCUACUGGAGGAAAUGUUAGCAAAGCUAUGGCUGCAGCUGGUGAAAGAGCAUGCUAUUAUUCAAUGGCUGCAUUUGGAAGUCAAUUAUUGCUUCUUGGAACAAAAAGUAUUCAUGUAAUGACCAUGCGAACAUGGAAUGAAAGAAUAGAAUUUCUAAUCAAACAGAAAAUGUUUCCUGAAGCACUGUCUCUAGCCUUGUCAUUUUAUAAUGAAAAUGCCAAAGCAGUCUCUGGGUUGAUUGGCAAGAAAUCACACAGAAAAGAUUUGGUUGCAACUAAAAUUUUAGACAUUCUAAGUUCAUAUGUUGAUUUAAUCAUGACACAGCUUUGUCCAGAGAGAGGUAGAAUUGAGCAGUUGAUACAUCAUUAUCAAGAAAAAGUACCUAUUUGUGUGGAGUACUGUGUGGCUGUUGAAAGGAAAGAAUUUCUUUUUGGAAAAAUGUAUGAAAGUUUUCAGUCUGAUCCAUUGGCUCUUGGAGUGUUUUUAGAAAGCCUUGAAACUUAUAUAUUAGAUGGACGUUUGAAAUCAAUGACUCCACAGAUUGUGAAGGACUUUGUGAACCAUUAUGCAGAAAAAAAUUUAUUUGAUGCCCUUGAAGCUUGCAUUGUUCGACUGAAUAUAGAAAACUUGGAUAUUCAUCAGGUUAUGACUUUGUGUUGGGAGCAUGGAUUGUAUGAUGCAAUUAUUUAUAUAUAUAAUCAUGGAAUGAAUGAUUAUGUCACCCCCUUUGAGGAAUUAAUGGUGAAUCUUCAGAAAGCUGUAAGCAGAGGGAAACAACUCACAGAUGACCAGAUCAAGCUGGGAAAUAAACUUCUUGUUUAUAUUAGUUGCUGUUUAGCAGGAAGAGCCUAUCCUUGGGGAGAUAUUCCUCCAGAUAUUGUUUCCGAUGUUAAAUUUAAAGUUUUUCACUGUGUUACAAAUUUGCAUGGAAAGAAUAUGGAAGAUUCUGAAAUCUACCCUUAUUUAAAAACUCUUCUUCAUUUUGAUACGAGAGAAUUCCUAAAUGUUUUGGCCUUAGCAUUUGAAGAGCCAGAAUUCAGCACUGAAAUGGGAUUGGCCCAGAAACAAAGGGUGGUUGAUAUUCUGCUUAAAAUAAUGGUGCAGAGUGAAGGCUUUCUGCCUACAGAAAUUGGUGCACUUUUUACUUUCCUUGCUCGGCAGAUGGCAAAACAAGAAAACAGUAUUAUGGUGAACAGGCUUCUUUUUGAGCAGGUUUUGGAACAUCUGACAAAUCCUGGAGAUGAGACACGUAUUGAAGAAAGGCAGCAAGCUUUAAUGGAGCUGCUACAGGCUGGAGGUUUAGCACAAGUGAAUGAAGAAAGGGUUCUUGCCUUGGCUGAAAAGGCAAAAUUCUAUCGAGUUUGUGAACAUCUAUAUGAAAAACAUCAGCAGUUUGACAAAAUCCUUGAAUGUUAUUUGCAUGAUCCAUCCCGAAAGCUUCAAGUUUUUUAUUUUAUUGAAAAAAUUUUGAACCAUCCUAAGAGAACAAAUGAAGAAAAGGAUGCUCUAGAAGCAAAAAUUAUUUCAUCCAUUGAACAAUUAGUGGACAUUGAUAAUAAACGAACUUCUCAAAUUCUGUUGGAAUUUUUCCCUAAUCAAAUCCUGACAGUUGUAAAGGCUUUGAAUAAUAUGCCAGAAAUCUUAUACCAAUUCCUGCAAGGUUUAUUUAGCAAUAAGGAUUUGAAUUCUUCCGGUCCUGGUAACAAAGAUGUACCGAUGGUGGAUCCAAUUGUGGUAGAAACAUACAUAGAUCUUAUGUGCCAGUAUGACUUUAAUCAAGUUCAUAAUUAUCUGCGCAGAGCUGAUGGCUAUAGGCUUGAAGAAACUCUUGAGAUAUGCAGAAAACACAAUGCUAUGGAAGCAACUGCUUUUCUUUUGGAAAGAGCUGGUGACAUUUAUGGAGCUUUUAAAAUAAUGCUUGAGGGUUUGCAAACUAAAGUGAAAGAAAUCACUGAAGAAAUUUUGUCCUCGCAAGAUGAUUUAAAUUUAGAAUAUUUAGCUUCAUGGAAUGCACUCCAAAGUCGUUUGUUAGUCAUCAUUCAACUGUGCCAAAGAAAUUCAAAUAAAAUGGACCAAGAAGAACGAGAGAAAAUUUGGUUUCCCCUUUUGGAGGCUAUGAUGGCUCCUCAAAGACAGUUGAGAGGCAGAGUGAAUAUAAAAUAUGUUAAUGAAUUUAAAGAGCUUACUAGACAUCUACUGAAUAAUAUGAUGGGAUAUAUUUCACUGCCUGCAAUUUUGCAACGAGUAGUACAAGAUCCAGCAUAUAAUACGGGAAAGUUUGGUGAAAUUCGAGAGCUAAUCAUGGGAAUGUUUGAAACUUAUAACUAUGAAAGAACAUUGCUUUCUACUACUACAAAGUUACUGAAUGAUGAUUUACAUCAUCAGUUACGAAAUUUGUGUAAAACAGCUAACCAUGUGUAUUCUAGUCAUGAUGAUACAUGUUCCUUUUGUCGAAAUGAAUUGGAUGCUGAUGAGGACGGAGAAAUAGUGGUUUUCCGGUGUGGCCAUGUAUAUCAUUUGAGUUGUUUGGGAGGUGGUCGGCUGACAAAUGAAGAUGAUGCCAUAUCCUAUUCAUGUAUCAAAUGUACAAGACACCAGAGAUAUGUUCCAAGAGUGCAGCAUCAAAGAAUAGUACCUAGUAAACAAAGCACCAUGCCAAGUUUCAGGACCAAGAGCAGAUCUGCGUCAUUCAGAGAGAGUCGAUUGAACACUCAUCAAUUGCAAGCUCUUGAAAUUUUAAGGAAAUGCCAGAAAACUCCUAGACUGUCUUUUAUUGACGAAUUGGCUCAAAAUGAAACUCGAAGAAUGCAAGGCUCACCAGUUAAGAAAAAAGAAGUUGAUGAUAAUCUAACCCUUAAUUUGGCUCCUGCUGGUAAAGAGAACUUUGUAUCAGAAUUUUAAAUACAUGAAAAAAAAUUACUGUUAACAUUCCUACACAUCUGUAAGUUUAUUCUUAAUGAAUUGUGUUUAUAAUAUACAUAAGUAAUUAAUUUUGUUAAGUUUUUGUCUAUUGCUUUAUAAGCAAGUUGUACAUAAAUUGUCACUUCGAACAAUAUAUUUAUA